CCCCCACAUCCGCAACAGCUUUUUGUAAGAGCUAGAGCCUGCCGCAAAGGAAAAGAUUUGCAAACUGGCAAAGAGGAUACAUUAAUAACAGAUCGUCCAUAAAGAACAUGACACCAACACCAAUGAUGAUUAGGUCAGUGCUGCUUUUAGGAGUUUGUACAUGUUUGAUUGUGAAUGUGUCCAGUCAGACGAUGCUUAGGUCUUCUCUGCAAUCAACCAACCAAACUUAUGUUUGUCCUCAUGAGAUUGUUAUUUAUGUCUGCAGUGGAGUUGGAGAUGUUAUCGACCUGUAUGCACCACCACAUGUUCCAUCGGACCUCCCUUUGUCAUAUGUGCGUGGAUUUGACACUCCGGGGACUGAGUAUGUUUUAGGUCCUAUUAAAACAAAUCUUACUUCAACUAUUUUACCUUUGAUGGAAGCAGAUCUGUUUGUGCUAAACUCGUCAUUGCCGGAGUUUUUUAUUAUUUGUAGCGUGAGUUCUGAAAAUGCUGAAGCCCAGCAGCACAGACCUUCAGGUCCUCCUUUAGAUGUGACUUCUCCUGUGAUUGGAUCUCUUUUCAGACCAGAGGACUAUAACACUGCCAGUGUGGAAGUUAACUGGGCGCACAAUAAUGGGAAUUAUGAUCCUAGUUACUACACCGUCCAGUUAUUUGAGAAUAACACUGAAACUGAAUACAUCACUAUUUCUGCAGAAAGCAAUAGUUUAGUAGCAAUAUUCUCUGUAUCAUUUAAUGCCGUGGUGGAUGUCCAUGCAAGGAUAAUAGUGACGUCCAAAUGUAACGAGACAACCAAGGGAAUUUUAACUCGCACCAUUCGAAUACCAGAGACAACUAUACCAGAGACAGCUAUACCAGAGACAACUAUACCUAUAUCAGAGAUAGCUGUACCAGAGACAGCUAGUAAAAGUAAAAAAACAGCGUACGUGUUCUGGGUAAUUCUUUCAGCUGCAGCAGUUGUCCUAUAGCAAUAGAGUAGGACAGUUAGUGUCAAACUGCUAUUAAAGGUAAUUAUGCUAUAGCUAGUAACAGCAGUAUUCGAGGUGUAUAAAUUAUACUGUAAAGUCACGUUUUUGAGUGAAUUAUAAUACUUUUAUAUCUGCCUG